AUGUUUGCUGGUCUGCGUAAAAGGAAAGGACUUUGCUGGAUUUGCCUAGAAGAAUCAACUUUAAACCGUUCCUGGACGAGACACGAGUGUGGUUGUAAGCUGGAUAUCCACAAAGAUUGCUACUUCAAGUGGCUCUUUGAUUUGAACAAGUCUUCUCAACAAGGCAAAUGGGCCCCAGAUUGUGGAUUUGAGCCCUUUCAGGAUGAAUUGAAAAGAAAGAUAUGUAAUGCCAUCGACUGUCAUAGGGACUUUCAAAAGACUAUUCCUCCGACUGAAAUGAUUGGUUCUCUACCCUUAUUUUGGGAGUUUUGGGCAGGCACGGCUGAUAUGUCUGUUAUUCUGAUUGGCAAUAUUCUAGGUUUCGAUAGCUUCGUCAGAUAUCCAUACGUUCAGGCAGAACUACCAAUAGAAAUUGCACCUUGCCCUCAAUGUAAGAAGCCAAUUGUGGCCAAACCUGUCAAAUUUACCAGCACUUCGUGGGUUUUGUCUCUGGCUUAUCGACUAAAAAAGAUUAUAAGUGGAGCUACAAUGCUUACCGUCCUAGCUUUCUCAACUUUAAACAUUGGAAAAUGGACCUUCAAAUUAGGUUUAUGGCAAUUGAGGUGUCUGUUCCCCGAGAAAGUUCUGCGAACUUUGCUAGAUGUUAGUACUACAAAAGCCUUGGAUGUCUACGGAGAGACGAUGCAUGGUCGAAUGAGUGUUCCUAAUGUAACACAAUUUUUAGUGUUUGGAUUCCCACUGUAUUUGAUAGCACUUAGAGGCUCAUUUCCUGCAUUAAAGAAGCUACAAUGGAUAUACUCAUUAGUUUUCACCGUGAGAGCCGGUCAUUACGCUGGUAAAUCACCAAAUAUCGUUUCCAACAUUGUUUCAGCUGCCAAUUUGUUGGUCCUGUUUCAUUCCACAAUCGUAUCUCCAACGCUCACGCGGCUCUACGAGCUCAUGGUCAAGUCUGUAAGACCUUACUUCUGUGUGACCAGUGAUUACAUGGAUAUAUUUCCUUCCGAUGAGUACGCCAAUGUUAUAGUUGAGACUUCGUGGUCCGAUGUGAUCUUCGAGUCCACACUGUGGCCUCUAGUGGGUGGUCUACUUGGCGGUAAGCUAUUUGAUGCUUUUGUUUGGCUUCAAGACAAAUUGUCAUAUCAAUGUACACCCAGUGGGUCACCAAAUGAAGUGCGGAUGGUUUUCAAUGUUCUUGGAUGUGGCAUACUCUCGGUUGCUCGCCAAACCUUCAAUCUUUAUUUAACAUACCUAAGGAUCCAGGAGCUCAAGCAGAUUCAAGAAACCUUUGAAGAGUGCCCUCAAUAA